AUGCUGCCAACUUCUCCGCAAAUGGUUUUAAAGUGGACCGAAGUCUGUAGAGAAGACGAGGAAAAUCCAACUCUUCACGCCAGAGUUUGCAGCGCCCAUUUUUCUGAUAACUGUUAUCAACGAGAUUUACAACACGAGUUGCUUGGACUACCUUUAAGAAAAAAGUUAAAACAUGAUGCCGUACCAGACUUGAACUUGCCUGUUAAAAUUAAUAAACAGAAAAAACAAGUUCAUAAAUCUGUAAUUAGGUACAAUCAAGUACAGAAAGAUGCAUGUGUUCCCACAAAAAAUAAAAUCAGUGAGAACAAAACUAAAACAAAAAAGCAACCAAAUUUUAAAAAUGAAAUAGCAAAAAAUAAAAGUGCAGGUAAAAAAGUGGUGGAAAAGCAACAAAAUAUUACCAUAAUUGACAUUACUACAGACGAACCAAUAGUAAGACGAAAAAAUGUAAUAAAAAAGUUGCCAAAUUUAACCGCAGUCAAACAUAAAACAGAAAUGAAACAGAAUUUGGUAAAAACUAAAAGCAACGAAAAAAUCAUUGCCAAAAAACAGCUUAGCACAUUAGAUAUGAAUAAAAUUAAUAAUUUUAAAACUACAGAAGUGCAAAAAAGAAGCAAACCUAAUGAAGAUAUGAUCGUUUUUAAACAUAUUCCUAUAAUUGAAACUAAAUUAAUAAAACCCAAUCCAAUAAAGACUAGAAGUAAUAAAGCACAGCAACAUACUGUUGGUGAUAAUAACGGUUUUAAACAAAUCACUGAAAAAGAAAUAGUUUCCAAAAGUAAAGAAUAUAAUGUAAAAAGUACCAAUACUAAUUACCAAAAUCAAGCAUCAAAAGAAACUAAUAAUAAUAGCAAAGUGGAAACAUUGGAUAAAAUUAUUAAGUAUGAUAUUACGAACACUAUCAAUCAAGAAUUACAGGACAAUUUAAUUGAUCAAUUUGAUAAAAAUAACGAUAAAAUAAAAAGAAUGCCAAUGAGGUCGAGUAUUAGAAUUGCGAAAAAGAAAUCAAUCGAGUCAUUAAGUGAUUCUUUUACGGAUAAGGUCAAUAAUAAAAGAGACAAUAAUCGCGAACGAUUUUCUGAUAAACUCAAGUUUAUGGCCAUGCUGCAGCUGAAACACGAAAAAAACAAUCAUGCUGUGGUCGAUUUGGAUCAAUUUUUUGAAUGUUUAGUCGACGAAGAGAAUUUUGGGUAAGUUAUUU